AUGGAGAAGCCGGCGCUGCCAGCGGGGGGACCCGCCGAGGUGCCCGGCCCCUACGUCCCGUGCCUGCGCCGGGACUGCUGCGAGCGGGUGGUGAUCAACGUGGCGGGGCUGCGGUUCGAGACCCAGGCCAGGACCCUGCUCCGGUUCCCCAACACCCUGCUGGGCGACCCCCGGCGCCGGCUCCGCUACUACGACCCACUGCGGGGUGAGUUCUUCUUCGACCGCAGCCGGCCCUGCUUCGACUCCAUCCUCUACUACUACCAGUCGGGCGGGCGGCUGCGGCGCCCCGCCAACGUCCCUCUCGACAUCUUCCUGGAGGAGCUGAAGUUCUACCAGCUGGGCGAGGAGGCGCUCAGCAAGUUCCGGGAAGACGAGGGCUUCGUCACGGAGGAGCAGCGCCCGCUGCCCGGGCCCGAGUUCCUCAAGCAGGUCUGGCUGCUCUUCGAGUACCCGGAGAGCUCGCAGGCCGCCCGCAUCAUCGCCAUCAUCUCCGUGCUGGUCAUCCUCAUCUCCAUCGUCAUCUUCUGCCUCGAGACGCUGCCCGAGUUCCGGGACGAGCGGGACAUGUCGCUGCCGGUCCCCCAUCACCGGGCCAACAGCAGCCACGUGCACACCCCCAAGAGCCAGCUGGACGACCCCUUCUUCAUCGUGGAGACCAUCUGCAUCUGCUGGUUCUCCUUCGAGCUGGCGGUGCGGUUCCUGGCCAGCCCCAGCAAGCCGGCCUUCUUCAAGGACAUCAUGAACAUGAUCGACUUCGUGGCGAUCAUCCCCUACUUCGUGGCGCUGGGCACGGAGUUCGCCCGGCAGCGGGGGGUGGGCCAGCCGGCCAUGUCGCUGGCCAUCCUCCGCGUCAUCCGGCUGGUCAGGGUCUUCCGUAUCUUCAAGCUCUCGCGCCACUCCAAGGGGCUGCAGAUUCUGGGCCAGACGCUGAAGGCCAGCAUGCGGGAGCUGGGCUUGCUCAUCUUCUUCCUCUUCAUCGGCGUCAUCCUCUUCUCCAGCGCCGUCUACUUCGCCGAGGCCGACCACGCCGAGACCAACUUCACCAGCAUCCCCGAGGCCUUCUGGUGGGCUGUGGUCACCAUGACCACGGUGGGCUAUGGGGACAUGUCCCCCGUGACGGUGGGCGGGAAGAUUGUGGGCUCGCUGUGUGCCAUCGCCGGGGUCCUCACCAUCUCCCUCCCGGUGCCCGUCAUCGUCUCCAACUUCUCCUACUUCUACCACCGGGAGACGGAAGGCGAGGAGCAGGGCCAGUACACCCACGUGGCCGGCUGCCCUGGCCGCCUGCCCUCCCCGUUGCUGACCGCCCGCCAGGAGAAGGCCUGCGGGAAGGAGGAGACAUACUGUGGAGAUGGGGCCCUGGCGCUGCCCAGCUCCCGGCUCCUGGACGGGAUGGUGGCCUCGGCCAGCAGCCAGCCGGUCCUGCUGGAGACCCAGCAACCGAACCGGGGUUUGGUGACCCAGGUGUGA